UCGUGGUGACCGUGCUGGGCGACCUGGAGCAGCUCCUCUUCAGCCAGAUGCUGGACCCUGAAUCCCAGCGGAAGAGGACGGUUCAGAACGUGCUGGACCUGCGGCAGAACCUGGAGGAGACCAUGUCCAGCCUGAGGGGCUCCCAGGUGUCCCACAGCUCCCUGGAGAUGACCUGCUACGACAGCGACGAAGCCAACGCGCGCAGCGUGUCCAGCCUGUCGAACCGCUCGUCGCCGCUGUCCUGGCGCUACGGGCAGUCCAGCCCGCGCCUGCAGGCCGGCGACGCGCCGUCGGUSGGGGGCAGCUGCCGCUCCGAGGGCACCCCCAGCUGGUACAUGCACGGCGAGCGGGCGCACUACUCGCACACCAUGCCCAUGCGCAGCCCCAGCAAGCUGAGCCACAUCUCCCGCCUGGAGCUCGUCGAGUCGCUGGACACCGACGACRUGGAGCUCAAGUCGGGCUACAUGAGCGACAGUGACUUGAUGGGGAAGACCCUGACGGAGGAUGACGACAUCACCACGGGCUGGGAUGAGAGCAGCUCCAUCAGCAGCGGCCUCAGCGAUGCCUCCGACAACCUCAGCUCGGAGGAGUUCAACGCCAGCUCCUCGCUCAACUCCCUGCCCUCCACGCCCACGGCGUCGCGCAGGAACUCGGCCAUAGCGCUGCGCACGGACUCGGAGAAGCGCUCGCUGGUGGAGAGCGGGCUCAGCUGGUACGGCGACGCGGACGACAAGGCCCCCAAGAAGCUGGAUUACGAGAGCAGCAGCCUCAAGAUGGAGCACGGCUCCUCCAAGUGGCGGCGGGAGCCCUCGGAGAGCUGCGAGGAGGCGCCCAAGGGCGGCGAGCUGAAGAAGCCUGUUAGCCUGGGCACSCCAGGCUCCCUCAAGAAGGGCAAGACCCCCCCGGUGGCAGUGACAUCCCCCAUCACCCACACAGCCCAGAGCACCCUCAAAGUGGCAGGCAAACCCGAGACCAAAGCCACUGACAAGAGCAAGCUGUCCGUGAAGAACACGGGUCUGCAGCGUUCCUCCUCCGACGCCGGUCGCGACCGCGUUGCCGACGCCAAGAAGCCGCCCUCGGGCCUCACGCGCCCCUCCGCCUCCAGCUCCUUCGGCUAUAAGAAACCAGCUCCCGCCACCGGCACUGCCACCGUCAUGCAAGCCGGGGGCUCAGCCACCUUGGGCAAGAUCCAGAAGAGCUCUGGCAUUCCCGUCAAGCCAGUCAGUGGGAGAAAAACGAGCCUGGAUGUCUCCAAUGCAGCCGAACCCGGCUUCCUGGCCCCAGGAGCCCGUUCCAACAUCCAGUACCGGAGCCUUCCUCGGCCGGCCAAGUCGAGCUCGAUGAGCGUGACGGGCGGCCGCAGUGCGAGCCGCCCSGUCAGCAGCAGCAUCGACCCCAGCYUGCUCAGCACCAAGCAGAGCAGCAUCUCGGUGUCGCGGCUCAAGGAGCCGAGCAAGAUCGGUGCGGGCCGUGGCGCGCCGGCCCCUGUCAACCAGACGGACCGCGAGAAGGAGAAGGCCAAGGCCAAGGCUGUGGCGCUCGACUCCGAGUGCGUGACCCUGAAGAGCAUCGGCUCGCCYGAGAGCACCCCCAAGGCCCAGGCCAACCUCCAGCCAGUGGCCAAGGUGGCCGAGUUGCCCCCCACGCCGCUCAGAACGGCAGCCAAGACCUACGUGAAGCCUCCCUCGCUGGCCAACUUGGACAAGGUCAACUCCAACAGCCUGGACUUGCCCUCCUCCAGCGAGCUGCACCCCCCGCACACUGCCAAGCUCCAGGAGCUGCACCCAGCCGGCGGGCACCUCACACCCUGCUUCAGCCCCAGUCCUGCCCCCAUCCUCAACAUCAACUCGGCCAGCUUCUCCCAGGGCCUGGAGCUCAUGGGCGGCUUCAGCGUCCCCAAGGAGGGCAGGAUGUACCCCAAGCUCUCGGGCCUGCACCGCAGCAUGGAGUCCCUGCAGAUGCCCAUGAGCCUGCCCAGUGCCUUUUCGGGGGGCAGCACCCCUGCCCCCACCGCUGCUGCUGCCCCCCCUGCCAGCGCAGAGGGAGAGGAAGAGGCUGGUGAGCUGGGCUGGAGCGGGAGCCCCCGGCUUGCGCAUCUGGACAGCACCAACCGCGACAGGAACACGCUGCCCAAGAAAGGGCUGAGGUACCAGCUCCACUCCCAGGAGGAGGCCAAGGAGCGGCGCCAUUCCCACUCCAUCGGCGGGCUGCCCGAAUCGGAUGACCAGCCGGAGAUGCCCUCACCCCCUGCCCUCUCCGUGCCGCUYGUCGGGAAGGGCCCGCUCACCAGCAUCGUGAGCCCCACUGCUGCCACCACCCCGCGGAUCACCCGCUCCAACAGCAUCCCCACCCAYGACUCCACCUUUGAGCUGUACAGCACAUCCCAGAUGGGCAGCACCCUCUCCCUGGCAGACAAGCCCAAGGGCAUGAUCCGCUCGGGCUCCUUCCGGGACCCCGUGGACGACGUUCACGGAUCGGUGCUGUCCCUGGCGUCGAGCGCUUCUUCCACCUACUCCUCCGCUGAGGAGAAGAUGCAGUCGGAGCAAAUCCGCAAGCUGCGCCGUGAGCUGGAGUCCUCGCAGGAGAAGGUGGCCACCCUGACGUCCCAGCUGUCGGCCAACGCCAACCUGGUUGCAGCUUUCGAACAGAGCCUGGUGAGCAUGACGUCCCGCCUGCGGCACCUGGCCGAGACUGCCGAGGAGAAGGACACAGAGCUGCUGGACUUGCGGGAGACCAUCGACUUCCUGAAGAAGAAGAAUUCGGAGGCCCAAGCCGUCAUCCAAGGGGCCCUGAAUGGCACCGACGUCACGCCCAAAGAGUUGCGCAUCAAGCGGCAGAACUCGUCCGACAGCAUCUCCAGCCUCAACAGCAUCACCAGCCACUCCAGCAUCGGCAGCAGCAAGGACGCCGAUGCCAAGAAGAAGAAGAAAAAGAGCUGGCUGCGGAGCUCCUUCAACAAGGCCUUCAGCAUCAAGAAGGGGCCCAAGUCGGCCUCGUCCUACUCGGACAUUGAGGAGAUUGCCACGCCGGACUCUUCGGCCCCGUCCUCGCCCAAGCUGCAGCACGGCUCCACGGAGACUGCCUCGCCCUCCAUCAAGUCCUCCACGUCCUCCUCCGUGGGCAUCGACACGGCUGAGCUCUUCCAGGCCCACAGUGAGGGGGAGCCAGAAAAGAAAGAGGUAUCAGAGCUGCGGUCAGAGCUGUGGGAGAAGGAGAUGAAGCUGACGGACAUCCGCCUGGAGGCCCUCAACUCAGCCCAUCAGCUGGAGCAGCUGCGGGAGACCAUGCACAACAUGCAGCUGGAGGUGGAUCUCCUGAAGGCCGAGAACGACCGUCUCAAAGUGGCUCCGGGGCCCUCGUCGGUGCCAGGCUCCAUCCCUGGCCACAUCACGAGCAGUUCGGCCUCRUCCUCGCCGCGGCGCUCGCUGGGUCUCGCCCUCGGCCAUGCCUUCAGCCCCAGCCUGGCGGACGCAGAUGUGUCCCCUAUGGAUGCCGUUAGCGCUGGCACCCAGAAGGAUGAGCUGACACUGAGGAUCGUGGUGCGCAUGCCGCCCCAGCACAUCAUCAAAGGGGACCUCAAGCAGCAGGAGUUUUUCCUGGGCUGGACCAAGGUGAGCGGAAAGAUUGACUGGAAGAUGCUGGAUGAGGCUGUCUGCCAGGUCUUCAAGGAUUAUAUCACCAAAAUGGAUCCUGCUUCCACCCUGGGGCUCAGCACYGAGUCCGUCUACGGUUACAGCAUCAGCCACAUCAAGCGGGUCCUGGACACGGAGCCGCCGGAGCUGCCGCUGUGCCGCCGGGGCCUGACCAGCAUCGCCGUGACACUCAAAGGCUUGAAGGAGAAGUGCGUGGACAGCCUGGUGUUCGAGACGCUCAUCCCCAAGCCCAUGAUGCAGCACUACAUCAGCCUCCUGCUGAAGCACCGGCGGCUCAUCCUCUCGGGCCCCAGCGGCACCGGCAAGACCUACCUGACCAACCGCCUGGCCGAGUACCUGGUGGAGCGCUCGGGCCGGGACGUCACCGAGGGCAUCGUGAGCACCUUCAACAUGCACCAGCAGUCCUGCAAGGACCUGCAGCUGUACCUCUCCAACCUGGCUAACCAGAUCGACCGGGAGACGGGCACGGCGGAUGUGCCGCUCGUCAUCCUCCUGGACGACCUCGGUGAGGCGGGCUCCAUCAGCGAGCUCGUCAACGGUGCGCUCACCUGCAAGUACCACAAAUGCCCCUACGUCAUCGGCACCACCAACCAGCCUGUGAAGAUGACCCCGAACCACGGCCUCCAUCUCAGCUUCAGGAUGCUGACCUUCUCGAACAACGUGGAGCCAGCCAACGGCUUCCUGGUGCGCUACCUGCGGCGGAAGCUGCUCGAGUCGGACACGGACGUCAAUGCCAACAAGGAGGAGCUGCUGCGGGUGCUGGACUGGGUGCCCAAGCUCUGGUACCACUUGCACACCUUCCUGGAGAAACACAGCACGUCCGACUUCCUCAUCGGUCCCUGCUUCUUCCUCUCCUGCCCCAUUGGAAUUGAGGAUUUCCGGACCUGGUUCAUUGACCUGUGGAAUAACUCCAUCAUUCCCUACCUGCAGGAAGGGGCUAAAGACGGGCUCAAGGUCCAUGGGCAGAAGGCGGCCUGGGAGGACCCCGUGGAGUGGGUGCGGGACACCCUGCCCUGGCCGUCGGCGCAGCAGGACCAGUCCAAGCUCUACCACCUGCCCCCUCCCACCAUCGGGCCCCACAGCACCGUUUCCCCCCCCGAGGAGCGCACCGUCAAAGACACGACGCCCAGCUCCCUGGACGCGGACCCUCUGAUGGCCAUGCUGCUGAAGCUCCAGGAGGCCGCCAACUACAUCGAGUCUCCGGACCGAGAGACCAUGGUGGAUCCCGACCUGCAGUCGACUCUGUGAGGCGCAGACGUGCCGGCCCAGGCGCACGGCAGCCGGACGCUGGGCGCCGCUCCCGCCGGGCUGCCCUUUUCCUUCGGUAUCCUGGAGCACGGGGCUGGCGCGGGCGCAGAGG